AUGCGGAAGUGGAUUUGUAAACAAAACGAAGAGUAAAGCGAAUUUAUUUUGCCUUCGCCAAAACAAAAGCGAUAUCUUAGGGAUUUCAAAGAAAUAGUACAUGUAAGUAAUGCGUUUGCGCUUGGUCAAAAAUCCUCAUCAACUUAGUUCUGGAAAUUGCAUUUUUAAUUGGCAAACGAUGCAUGUACAUUUGAUUAAUAUAACAAUUUAGGAAGCUAGCUGCAGAUGUUAGCAAGUUGCUACAUGCCCAUAUAUUAAUUGGCAGGUUUGCCCUCGACUUCUUCCACCAAGGGAAAUAUUCACAAUUUCACAAUAUAAAACCCAAACUAACCCAACAAAGGGCACGCAGGUUCGUUCACUGAUGAAAGUCAAAGACGUGGAAGGAAAUCUGAAGUUGCCAAGCUGUCCAUUGGACAAGGAGAGAAGCACCGAACAGGGAUAGGCGGCAACAACCAGUGUGGCCGCCAUGUCGAGGAAGCAGGUGGUCAAACCGGUCCGCGGCAACAAGAAAGGCGACGUUGAGCGCAAGAGAGACGGGCGGGCAGCCCGGCGUGCCAUCGCCAAAGACCGCAAGAACCGCCCCCAGGACGCCGAUGAUGGGGAAGAGUUUGUCAGCUUCUCCAAUCAGCUGCAGAGCCUGGGCCUGAAGCUGAGAGAGAUACCUGGAGAUGGGAACUGUCUGUUCAGAGCUCUGGGGGACCAGCUGGAGGGCCACUCCCGGGGACACAUUAACCUGCGCCAGGAGACGGUCGAGUACAUGAAGUCCCAUCGGAAGGACUUUGAGCCCUUUGUGGAGGACGACGUCCCCUUCGCAGAUCACUUGUCUAACCUCUCCCAGCCGGGAACGUUUGCCGGUAAUGACGCCAUUGUUGCCUUCGCCCGCAGCCAGGAACUGAAGGUGGUCAUUCACCAGCUGAACACCCCGCUUUGGGAGAUCAAAGGUGUUGACAAGCACGCGUGCAGAGAGAUGCACAUCGCCUAUCGCUACGGCGACCAUUAUGACAGCGUCCGCCGCAUCGGAGACAACUCGGAAAGCCCGGCCCAGCUGCGCAUAGAGAAUCUGCACAACGCUGACGGGCAGCAGCGGCAGUUUGGAGACGGACAGAUGACGGCGGGAGAGCGCUCUCCCCCGCUGUACGAGGACAACGUGAUCCUGAGCACCUAUCAGCACCCAGCCGUCGAUGACGAGGAGUACCUCGGGCAGCUGAGCGCAGCCACCCUCAACGCUGAGUGGCUGUUAGACCCCGAGCCAGGAUCCAUCUCGGCCUGCAGUGGGACCCCCCCAGCAGGCAGUGACCCCCGGCCACCACCAGAGGGCAACAACGCGCAGAAAGCCAAGGUUUCAAACAAGCUGAAGAAGGAGCAGCUGCGGCUGGAGAAGAAGAAGCGCCAGGAGGAGAGGCAUCGACAGAAGGUCAUCCAGAGCAAAGGAGCCCCAGAACACAACCAGAACCUGCCAGAGCCGGUGACGCUGGUGCCAGCGCUGAACACCCUCAGUAUAUAGACCCCAGGGGGGCGGCCCCAACAACAACCAUAACGACAACGAGCAACCCUGAGACUCUCGCUGCCGACGGUUGGCGACAAUGUUUUGCACAUGAUGCUACAGUUCUUUGAUGGUUGGUGAGGCUGUCUGUGGAAGAGCCUCCAUAGUUAGGUGUUAAAAUGCCUUUCACAACCACUUUGAAUUGUGAAGCAGUGCCUGCGUUCGAUGUGUGUCUGCGUGCAUGUGUGUGUUCUUGGGAUGCUUGAAAUCGAGUGCAGCGUUGCAUUCGGCGGGUUAUUUUCUUUGUGCCAAGCGGGUAAGUAAAUAGGUUGUUUCUCAAGAGAUUUGGUUCCUAUCUAGCUUAAGGACAUGGUAGUGAGCUUCGCUGGGUAACGUAGGAUAGCUACAUUACCCCCCUGCUGAUCAAUCACUUUUUCCCAUUUAUAUUAAUUUGUUAUUUUUAUGCUCAGUUGUAGCCAAAGACUAAAGUAAAGGUUUUCAUGGGACAAAAAUGGAAUAUGGCAAUAAAGCAUAAUUACUGUUAUAAUG